AUGCAUCCAUCCGUGCUCUUACCUCUUGUCUUAAUACUUUCGGGCUGUUCCUAUGCCCUACCCGAAGUCCAAAUAUAUAAUACCACGAUAUCUGGCAGGUCGGUCCCGGAGCUCCAGGAGGAAUUCUUUGGCAACAUUCCGUUCGCCGAACCACCUGUUGGUGAAUUGCGCUUUGCGCCUCCAGUCAAUAAGCUUGACCCAGGAGUCGCGUCUCUCAAUGCGACUCAAUACGGAGCAGCUUGUGCACAGCUGGCAGGAUUCGGGUCUAAUAGCUCGCUGGUUGAAGACUGCCUUACCCUAAACAUCCUCAGGCCUGCCAAUGUGAACUCAAGCACCAAUCCCGUACCAGUCUUGCUAUGGGUUUACGGAGGAGCUUUCCAAAACGGACAGGCAUAUACAUACGACGGCAGUCUCCUCGUCGCGCAGAGCGUUGAAAGGGGAACGCCGAUCGUCUAUGUCAGUGUCAAUUAUCGUGUUGGUCCAUUCGGGUACCCUCAAGGUCACGAAGCUGAAGCUCAGGGUGCACUGAACCUUGGGCACAAGGACGUGGUAUCAGCCUUGACCUGGGUUCAACAGAAUAUAGCUGCUUUCGGAGGUGACGAAAACCAAAUAACAGUCGCUGGAGUUAGCGCAGGAGCAGUCAUACUGUCACAUCUUACUCUCGACCCUCAAUUCAACCUCGCUCGUGCUGCGAUUUUUGAAUCAGGUUCGCCGGCUACUGUAUCGGUGACCAAUGCCACGGCUCGUGAGCAAGCCUGGCAGACUCUUGUCGCCAAUGUACCUGAAUGCGCAGGUGCAACGCCCAACAACACCUUCAGUUGUCUGCGAUCUGCCAGCACAGAGACGAUCGUGAACGCGACAGCUCAAGUGAACCCAUUUUCAGUUGCGUUCAGGCCGGUCAUUGAUGGGCCUGGAGGAGUUUUACCCGAUCUUCCGUCCAAGCUUUACGCGGGAGGUCGCGUCCCUAUCGUCCCAUUCAUCACAGGCGAUACAUUGGAUGAGGGAACCUUCUUUGUCCCAACGAACUUGAACACAACGGAGGAAGCGCGACAAUUCGUCGUCGGAUCAAUAAUUUCGGCCACUGCAUCUGCUGAAGACCAGACCCGGAUAGCUGAUAAAAUCCUUGAGUUUUAUCCCGACGAUCCUACUCUUGGUUCUCCUUAUGGCACAGGUAACGAGACGUUCGGUUUGGGCUUACAGUAUAAGCGGCUCUCUGCAGUCGCUGGUGACGUUGAAUUUCAGUCCUUGAGACGGCAGCUAGCGCAGGUGGCGAGUGAGAAGGGUGUUAAAGUGCAUGCUUAUUUGUUCACGGAUAAGCAGCUUCAACCAGAGCUUGCAUACCUCGGAGUCUACCAUGGCGCAGAAGUUGCUUACGUCUUUGGAGCUCCGCCGAACGGGCCACCUGCUGAGGCGUUGAGCGACAAUAUAAUUGACUACUGGGUUUCCUUCGUGACAAGUCUCGAUCCGAACGAUGGUUUGGGUAAUUCGUCUCGUCCAACGUGGGCGCAAUACACAACAUCAUCUGAGCAGAAUGUCAUUCAGUUUGACAGCACGAACUUGACGAUGAUUCCCGACACGUACAGGCAGGAGCAAAUUGCAUUCCUGAUAGACCAGGGUGCACUUCUGGACCACUAGUGCGUAACUAAUUGGGAAAUCACGUCGUAUACCACGGUCACUUUUCUUCCCUU